AAGAAAAAGAUGAUAUAAGCAGCCAAGACUGACCAGAGACAGAAACAUCGUGUGAACGAACUACCAAACCCCCUUUUGUUGUUUCUUCAACUCUAAACAGGUAGUCAGAAGGUAGACAAGUCUCCUCUCCUAACAUCUCUCCUGGAUCUUUCGCUCCUAGGUAAAAAUGGCUCCUGCACCAACAAGAAUCGGUCUCGCUGGCCUUGCUGUCAUGGGCCAAAAUCUUGCCCUCAACAUUGCUGAGAAAGGCUUCCCUAUUUCUGUCUACAACCGAACCACUUCAAAAGUUGAUGAGACUGUUGAGCGUGCACAGAGAGAAGGAAACUUGCCUUUAUACGGCUUUCACGAUCCCGAGGCUUUCGUAAAUUCAAUUCAAAAACCCCGUGUCGUUAUUAUGCUUGUUAAGGCUGGUGCACCAGUUGAUCAAACCAUCAAAACUCUUUCUGCGUACUUGGAGGAAGGAGAUUGUAUUAUUGAUGGGGGUAAUGAGUGGUAUGAGAACACCGAGAGGAGAGAGAAGGCUAUGGCUGAAAAAGGUCUUCUUUAUCUUGGAAUGGGAGUUUCAGGUGGUGAAGAGGGUGCUCGCAAUGGACCCUCUAUGAUGCCCGGAGGAUCCUUUGAGGCUUACAAGAAUAUAGAAGAUAUCCUUCUUAAGGUGGCUGCUCAAGUUCCUGACAGCGGCCCUUGUGUUACAUACAUUGGUGAAGGGGGAUCUGGCAAUUUUGUGAAGAUGGUUCACAAUGGGAUUGAAUAUGGUGACAUGCAGUUGAUCUCAGAAGCUUAUGACGUAUUGAAAUCAGUUGGUAAACUCUCAAACGAGGAACUGCACGAGGUUUUCACCGAGUGGAACAAGGGAGAACUCCAGAGCUUCUUGAUUGAGAUUACAGCAGAUAUAUUUGGAAUUAAGGAUGACAAGGCAGAUGGAUAUUUGGUCGACAAAGUUCUUGAUAAAACAGGCAUGAAGGGUACAGGUAAAUGGACAGUGCAGCAAGCUGCUGAGUUGUCUAUUGCUGCUCCCACUAUCGCUUCCUCUUUGGAUUCGAGGUUCCUCAGUGGGUUGAAGGAUGAAAGAGUUGCAGCUGCAGAGGUCUUCAAAGCAGGUGGGGUGGGCGACAUCCUUUCUGAUGAAACCGUGGACAAGAAGAAGUUGAUUGAUGAUGUCAGACAAGCGCUUUAUGCAUCCAAAAUAUGUAGUUAUGCACAGGGGAUGAAUUUGAUCCGUGCCAAGAGUAUUGAAAUGGGUUGGGGCCUAACACUUGGAGAGCUUGCUAGGAUUUGGAAGGGUGGUUGCAUCAUCCGUGCCAUUUUCUUGGACCGAAUUAAGCAAGCUUAUGAUAGGAAUGCAGACCUUGCUAGCCUUCUUGUAGAUCCAGAGUUUGCAAAGGAGAUGAUAGAGCGACAAGCAGCUUGGCGUAGAGUUGUCUGCGUUGCUAUCAACUCUGGCGUUAGCACUCCUGGUAUGUCUUCCAGUCUUGCUUACUUUGACACAUACAGGAGGGACAGGCUGCCUGCUAAUUUGGUUCAAGCUCAAAGAGAUUAUUUUGGAGCUCACACAUACCAGAGAACUGAUAUGCCAGGGGACUUUCACACCGAAUGGUUCAAGAUUGCCCAGCAGUCAAAGAUCUAAUAACAUGGUAGCAUCAUUCGUCUUAUACCUAAUAACGUUUCAUUGAUGAUUGAGACAAGUGUAUUGUAUCCUAUGUCAUUCUGUGAUAGUAGGUUUCCGGUAUUGUUAUUUCCGUAUCUGUCAAAAUUGUUUAGACUCUGAUUUCCAAAUUAUUCGUGUAUGCUGUCAAGAUCUCUAAGAUCUAAUUUGUAUUUUAUUUUCUGCCUCAGAACCCUACUCAGAUGAGCUUUUGUAUGUUUGCUGGCAGAUAUCAGGUUUUGAUAUUA